AUGGCUGCGGUUGCCCCUUCCUCAAGACCGACGCUGGACGUCGGCUCGCCCGCUUGCCCUCCGCCUUGCCUACUCACUUCAACGCACGCACCAUCAGACACACAAGUCAGUGCCACUCAGCCUACUCCACCACGCCUCCUUCUUCGUCUGCCACCACAAACCGAGCUCGACGCACUUCGCCAUCCGCUCAAACGCAAGUGGCGAUCCUUUGUGAACUUUUUCGCGCUUCCCAUUCGAUCCUACUACCUCGAACCGCCAGGUCUUGCGUAUCGCAACGAGCUGCGUGCUAGGCAGCGCAAUCCUUGGGACGACGGUGACGACCACCACUCGUUUUGGCCGGUUCCCGCUUAUACGGAUCAGGUGGGCGAUGACGAGAUGAUCUUGUUCAAGGCGCAGGAGGAGGCUGAAGCAUUGGCGGCUAUGCAAAGAGAUCAACAGGCUGCGAUCGGUGCUGCCGAUGCGGCUGCUCGUCAAGAAGAGCUCGACGGAGAUGCUUCCGAUGAUGACCACGAGGCACAAGGUGUUGAGCAGCUUGCUGCGUCGAGAGACUGGCCAGCUUCACAGCCGCUCUCGGCACGACCUUCGCCUCAGUACGAAAUGUCAGAUCCGCUCUCCACUUCGCCCGUUCAAACCUCCGCAUCGUUUGCAUCGCACCGUCCACAGACACGCCCUCGUCCACGCACCACCAGCAACACCACCACCCCCACCUUCUCCAACGGCUUCACCAUGGCACGACAGUCCUCCACCCCACUCCUACCCACCUUCGGAGGCAUCACCACUCCAUCUCGUAUCCGCCAAAGAGCCCAAACAAACGCUGCCUCCUCGCCACGUCCCACCCUCGCCGGACGAAACAUCUCGGAACCGCUCAGCUGGACGCUGGUUCGAUCGCAGUACUCCUACCCCAAGAGAGGUCUUUCCGCCCAACAGCUGGCCUUUUUGAGCUCGGUCGAGAGUCUGGGUCGAUUCGGCGUGGUGGAACAGGCAGAGGCGGUGCCUUCGCCCGCUUACGAGAGCCGCAGGGAGGAGGCGGCUGAUUACGGUUUCCCCUCAGUAGCACGAUAG